AUGGCUAAAGAACACCAGAUCCAACGGUAUCUGCUUCAUGGAGCCCAAUUGCAGCGCAUGUUCGACCUGGAUUACACCGAUUUACCCAGUGUUCGUUUACGACUACGCAGUCCGCUGGAUUAUGAGAGUACAACUCAGUACACAGGGACAUUGGAAGCUUGUGAUCCACGGAGUUGCGCCAGUCAAAAUUUAACGAUCAAGGUGCUUGAUGAGAAUGACAAUCGCCCAGUGUUUUUGAAAAGUUCCUAUGAAGUUGAAGUUUUGGAAAAUGCAACUGUUGGUCAGACUGUUUUGGAACUAGAGGCAGUCGAUAAAGAUUCGCCUUCAAAUGCACGAAUGGAUUUUCAUUUUCACGGCCCUAUUGAUCCCGGAUUGCGCGAUACAUUUCGUGUUGAACAGGACACCGGUCGUGUAGUACUCCAGUCACGUUUAGCCGCUCAACGGCGUACAGAAUAUCGUUUCUCUGUGGCAGUCGAUGGAGCCAAACCUGUUGCUAUCGGUCCCAGCCCAGUAGAUUCCUCUUCUCGGGCUGGUUUGAGCGGUGCACCAGACGUGGCUAAAGUGAUAAUAAAGGUACACGAUCUGAAUGAUUUUAGUCCUCAAAUCCGUAUGUUCUCACCCGCUGAAGGGCAGGCAUUAACUGUGCCAGAAAAUGCCCAACCUCAACGGGUUUGCGUGGUUCAAGUGACCGAUGACGAUGUGGGUGAGAAUGCCAAAGUAUCGUGUGAAAUUGUAGGACCCAGUGGAAUCACCAGCACGUUUGCUUUGGCCGGUUCUGGCAAGUACUACACACUAUCCACUACGCGGAUACUGGAUGCCGAGGUAGAAUCCCGAUUCACUGUCACUAUCGCAUGUUCGGAUGCUGGUGAUCCGCCUCGAUCAUCUAGUCGUGAUUUGGUUGUGCGAGUAGAAGAUCUGAAUGAGUUCCCGCCACAACUUCUGCAAAGCACCUACCAGGCGUCGGUGUACGAAAAUGCCAAGUCCGGUGCCGAGGUAGUAAAGAUCCAGGCUGAGGAUCGUGAUCAAAGUGCCAAACUGCAUUAUGAUCUAAAAGCAGAAGGUAAACAAUAUUUCGGUAUCGAUCCAUCUUCCGGAGUCAUUUUCACACUGGGUGACACCGGAACACAAAUGUCCACGGUGUUGGAUCGAGAAAAGACCGAACAAAUCACACUGCAUGUUUGUGUUACCGACGGACCGCCCACAUCCACCUGUGGUAUGGAAUCGGAUAAAUCAGUCGGUAAAGAUGGUCCCAGUAGUCCAGAUAGCUUGGUGUACACAGCAUCUGCAACCGUAUUUGUGACGAUUCUCGAUGAAAAUGACAAUCGACCGAUGUUUACUGAGAAAGGACCGUUUUUUGUGACGGAGAACCAACCACGAUUCACUCAGGUUCGUGGUCAGUUGGCCGCAGNCGCAGUGGAUCCCGAUGAAGGACCAAACGGUCAGAACAUGAUUCGCGAAUCUCUUGUCAAACGACUAGAGUGGUACGUGACACCGUGUGUCGCAGAGCUGACUAUGCAUUUACGCAGUCCUCGUAGUCCUCCCGGGUUGUUGUACCGUUACGCAUUUGUCACUCUUCACUGUCCUCAGGUUCGCUACAGUCUUCGACACGUUUGGGUCAGUGCUGAUGGGACUCCCGCUCCCGAUCUAUUCCAAGUUGAUGCACAAGGUGUGAUUCGUACGAUGGAAGUUUUGGAUCGAGAAAAAACGAAUGCGUACACACUGGAAUUAGUCGCAUGUGAUUCGGCUCCAAAAUCUCCUCUAUGCAGCACACUGAAUGCCACAAUCACCGUGGACGACGAGAAUGACAAUAAACCGGUUUGGCAUUAUCCUCACGAUCAGGACAAAGAAGUGAACAUCACCUCCGACUUACCUCCGGGACAUUUGAUCGUGCGCAUACGAGCGUCCGAUCGGGAUGCUGGGGAUAACGGACGUGUGGUGUACACUCUGAUCGAUCCACAUAAACGAACUGUGUUUGAGGUGGAUAACUACACCGGUGAAGUAGCUAUUGCAGGUACACCAGUCAAUCCAGAUUCCGGUGAUCAGCAAGGUGCCGGUGGCGUGGCUGAUUCCGAAUCGCCUAGUCCUCUACUUCCGGGAAUCUAUCGUCUUCGGUUGCGCGCGUCCGAUUUAGGUCACCCUCAACAUUCCACGGAGACGUGGUUACAGGUCAACGUAUUCGGACCACAGAUUAUGGCCAGUGCAGGUCUGAACUUCAUGAUCAUCGUGGUCAUGGUUGCUGUCACCGGGCUCAUUUCCAUCUGCCUCGUGAUUGCCAUUAUAUGUGUUCGACGUCGUUCGCACAGUUUACGAUGCCGGAACGGACAACAUCCACAUAUAAAUGGAAUUCGACGGGGUCGAGCUCAGGGUACAGCUGAUGGAGGUGAAGAUGCUAAUUUCCCGCUCAAACAUGAAUACGGUUAUCCAAUUGAUGGUACCGGUUACAUGAUGGGUAUCAGUCCAACACCUUCGGACUUGGACACUUUGAAACUAGGCUAUCAACAUCCUGUGAGUCAUUCUGUUCUGGGUGCUGCGAAUGGAGGUCCCGACGGCCCCAUGUACGGGUGGACUGGUCAUCCGACUGCGACGGCAGCUGGACUUUGCUACCCAGCAGAGGCGAUGAGUUUCUAUCCAGAACCUUCAAUUGCUUCAUCUCCUAACGGGGAUCAAGUGACUACAGCCACCUUACGCCUUCCGGUCUAUCGUCUUACACCUACGAGUGAUCAAAUUCGCCUUGUGCAGAAUCCACACAGCGGAGCUGCUGUGGUCACAUCCAGUUGUAUGAGCUUCGUGAGCCCAUCUCCCCCACCCAUGUCAGACCAACUGAUUGUGGGCAAUAGUAGAUUCGCUGGGGAAUCGUAUGUAGAACGGAUAGGCCAGUCGGAAGAUGGAGCACAGGGUGUGUCUGGUUCUGCGGAUUACCAUGGAGUACAUAACGGUCAUUAUUCCACCUCAAGGAACAGUUUCACACCUCUUUCAACCGGACCGGCUACAAAUUCCGCGUGUUGCCACCCCGUCGGAACUGGAACACGACGCUACGGUGUCGGCGGGAACCUGGGCCAUUGUGAGCUGGAUGUAGAAUCAGCCGACUCUGGUCGCGGUGCUAGUGAGGACGAUCCCAAUCACGUGACAGUUGGUCCUCUUGUGCAUUUCUACCCUACUUUCCACUUGCCUCACAGUGCGCUACACAUGAACGGUGUAAACGCCUCGGCUGAAUUGUGUCUCGGGGGUACUAUGGAUAAAGGUUUGUUCGACAUGCAUGCCUCUGAGGCGUCGAUAGCCGCAGGGUCAGUCACAGCAGGUGAUGGUGUUGAUGUCGUGUCUGGAACAACCCCUCACUGCGAUUCCACUGUCAAUGGAGGAUGGAGUACGUCCGAACGACAUAGACUCAAAUGUUGA